AUGCGGGGCGUGGUCUGGACAGGGACGCCUUUCAAUGUCAGUGUCGUUGAACUGCCGGUUCCACUCCUUCAGUCCGCUACAGACGCAAUUGUAAGGGUUUCAGUCGCAGGCAUUUGUGGUACAGAUCUGCAUACCUAUCGUGGCCAUUAUGGAAGUGCAACAGUCCCGUGGGCCAUGGGUCAUGAGGCCCUUGGCUUCAUCACUGACCUUGGGGAUGCUGUUAGCAAUUUUCGGGUGGGAGAUCGAGUAGUGAUCUCGGACACUGUUCACAACGCGCAGGUGGUUACAGAGCCUACUACCUCGUUUCCUUUUGGCAUGGGGCCUGACCGGGGGGAUCUGGGUGGCUGUCAGAGCGAGUAUGUGAGGGUCCCUUUUGCCGAGCAAAACUUGAUUCCUGUCCCGUCGAACACUUCCAUCCCGUCAGACAGUGAUAUCGACUACCUGUUUCUGUCUGAUAUCUUCGCUACUGGCUGGGGUGCCCUUGAUUUCUCUGGUUUUGAACCAGGUGAUACUGUCGCCGUCUUCGGGGCUGGCCCUGUGGGCCUCCUGUCGGCGUAUUCAGUGGUGCUUCGUGGGGCAUUCAAGGUAUACGUCGUGGAUUACGUGCCUGAACGGCUUGAGCUGGCUCGUUCCAUAGGUGCUGUGCCCGUGAACUUUUUGACAUCGGACCCUGUGGAGCAGAUUCUUGCUCAAGAACCGAACGGCGUCAUCCGCAGCGUGGACUGUGUUGGAUUCGAAGCAGUCAAUCAAACGCUUCAAAUGGAAUCGGACAUCAUCAUUCGCCAGAUGGUCAAUGUGACCGCAAGAAACGGUGGAAUAGGUGGUGUCGGCAUCUACGCGGACGUGCAUAACAGCACAGGGGUUCCACGAGGAAGCUCUGUCAUGAGUGAUAUCAGCUUCCCUGUUGGCACAUUCUUCUCGAAGAGCCUUCAGUACAAAGUCGGUGCUAUCUACCCUCCAGACUACGCUACCACACUGUUGCCACUGAUAAGUAGUGGUCUCGCUAAGCCGAGAUUCGUUAUCAGCUCCCUAGUCCGCAUCGAGGACGCACCACAGGCCUAUGCACGGUUCAAUGCGCACCAGGAAACUAAGGUUGUCAUUCGUUUCCAGUGGUCUUGA